CCUGCUUCCUCUUUCUCGGCUCCGCCCUCACCCCGUGUUCUUCCUAGAGCGGUGCAGUUGUGUCAGAAUCCUGUGGCUGCCCUGUUGGCAGUUCUUAGAGGCGUGCGACAGUGCUUGCUCUACUGCUUCUCUCAUCCCCUGCACAGAGCCCCCCAGAGGUGCCGCUACCAUGGAUCUGUGCGGCCGGGAGGUGGAAGACUGUAUCAUGUACUUCAUCCUAAUGGAAGGCUUUCCUAUGGGCACCCACGUGGUGAAGGCCGGCAGCCUGUGCUGUGCGAGUGAAGAUACCUACUUGCAGAGGAUAUCGGGGGAUCAGUCCCCCCACAUGUCGCUCAGCGUCACAGUGAUAGGGGAGACCGACAUUAUCGAAGUGGAUUUUAAUGACCUGGAGCCCCUCACCAGGCCCAUCGCUGCUUUGCUGCUGGCGGUGCCGGACCCUACAGAAAGGCUCAACUGUUUCCUGGAGAGGGGCCCCUUGGAGCUGGCCCUGAGAGUGGAGCCCGGGCAGCAGGUCAAUGUGACCCACGAGCAGAAGAUAUUCCCGGCUCUGGUGCACUUUGUGGGUAACAUUCUGGACACCAGCACAUUGAUCCCCCCUGUGUACUUCGGAGUGGAACUGAAGGGUGAAGGGGAAGGCCGGGGGCAGAAUGACGGCACCUACAAGGGAGUGACAUUUUUCAGCUGUAAGAAGAACAGUGGCCUCUUUUUACCGUUCAACAAAAUCCAUUUCCCAGAAUCCUUGCUGCUGGAUCACGUGACCCCGAUCUGCUUACCCAUAGACACAACGGGCCCCGUGAAAUCAGGGGAUAAAGUCGCCUUCUACAUAGAGGACACCUUAAAAAAAGGCAUCGUGGUGAUAACCGACACGCAGGAGUCUGAUGGAUGUGUGGAAGUUCUAGUGGAUGAUGGGGCGCAGAAUGAACUGCUGAAGAUUCCCCUGGCAUCUAUAAUGAAGGAGGAGCUGUCACCCACAGGUGGUGCAGUUCCGGGCGCUGAGCUGAAGAGAAGUGUGAGCUCUGGAGGAAACAUAAGGAACAACCCGGACGCUGGAUCUCUUGGCAUCAGCUCUAUGGUACAGAUCCAGUACAGCGGAGGAGAGCUGGUCUAUGGGAUCAUUCGCUGGGUGGGACUCUUGCCUGACACAGAAGGAAUGAUGGCGGGGGUGGAGUUAGAGGAGGAUAAGGGAAUCACAAAUGGCAGCUGGAAGGGGUGCCAGUACUUUCAGUGCCCACCCAAACGAGGCAUUUUUGUGAAGCUAAAGGCCUGCCAGCCAGACACUCGGUUUUUGGCCAGCGCAGACUCUCUCCCUAAGGACCUGGAGCCAGAAACACCCAGCAGAGACAACAACCCUGACGUCAUGGAGAAGAUUCCUCCCCCGCAGGGCGCCAGAGCCGUGGACAUUCUGGAGGGCCGCAUGAAGGGUAUCCAGGGACACUGUAAUUCCUGCUACAUGGACGCUGCCCUCUUCAGCCUUUUCUCGUGCAGCUCCAUCUUGGAUUCCUUGCUGUACAAGCCCUCGUCUGCCCCCAACGGGAACAUCCAGAGGAUCCUGAGGGAGGACAUUGUUAACCCCCUGCGCAAAAACGGCUUUGUAUCGGCCAGAAGUGUCAUGGUGCUCAGGCACCAACUGAUGGAGGAAAGUCAGUGCCCCAGUUUCACCACAUCGGAGAAGGACCCAGAAGAGUUCCUGAACCUGAUCAUGCAGCGCAUCCUGGGAAUGGAGCCUCUACUAAUGCUGCAGUCUGAGGGGCAGAAGGUGCAGGACUGUUUCUGUUAUCAGAUAUUUAUAGAAAAGCAGCCGCAAAUGACCGUGCCCAGCGUCCAGCAGCUACUGGAGCACUCGUUCCACCACUCCACCCUGAAACUGGCCCAGAUCCCGUCCUGCUUCAUCAUACAGACACCUCGUUUUGGGAAGGAAUACAAAAUGUUUAGUAAAAUUGUCCCCUCUCUGGAACUCGACAUCACAGACCUACUGUACGACAGCCCCAGAGAGUGUGUGGUGUGUGGCCAAUUAGCCACCAUGGAAUGUGCCGACUGCUUUAAAGACGUCAUCCUUUCUGGCUCCAGCCUCAAACAAUACUGUGAUGUGUGCUCUAAAAAGGUACACUCCCACCACAAACGCAAGUGUCACGCAUUGACCCCACUAGUGGUACCAGAGAGUUUCCUACAGGAGCCGGGGGGCCAGAGACCCAGUCAGAUCCCAAGGGAAACCCUGGAGUUAUUCGCAGUCCUGUGUAUAGAGACUAGUCACUACGUGUCCUUUGUCAAAUACGGACCAGAGAAAGGAAGCUGGAUGUUCUUCGACAGCAUGGCCGACCGGCACGGCAACGAAGAUGGCUACAACAUACCGACGGUGAGCCUGUGCCCUGAGGUUGCCACGUACCUGGCAUCGCCGCUGAAGGAACUGGCCGACCAAAACCCACGCGAUAUGAAGGGAGUGGCCAAGCGUCUCUUCUGCGACGCCUACAUGUUCAUGUACCAGAGCAAACGCAUGGCGCUGUACAAAUAAACCCACUCGGGUAUCCCAUGGGCACCAAAUCCUGAGUUGGCCAGUGACAGUUGUGCUGAUGUAACGCAGGUGGGUGACAGUUGUGCUGGUGGGUGACAGUUGGGUGAAUGCUUGCCAGCUGCACACUGUAGCGUCACUAGCAUGGGAUUACUGUGUACAAUCAGUGGUGCCAACUCUAGAUGCCAACAGGGAGAGACCGGAACUUCAUUCAUGCUCUCGGCGCAGAUGUGCCGUGGCCUCAUUUGGAAGAGAUCCCAGCCGGUCCCAUGAGAUUAUUUGCACUAUGUAUCAGUGCCCAAACUGUCACAAUCUGAGCUCACCAUGGUGACUGGUACAUAUACCCUCACUGAAGAACUGCCCUGUUCCUGCUCUGGAUUCCAGUGUCGUUGCUCCUGCCGUAGGUCACUGUUAUACAAAACUUGGCAAUGUAGUGCAACUUGCACCGUGCCAGGCAUGGGCAUUCCCUUACACAACUGCCAGUUGCUCUGAUUUGGUGUUUGCAAAAAACAGCAGGUGCCACACUCAGAGGGACAUUGUGGCUGGUCAGUAUCCAGGCUGGUAUGCCGAGACACGCUCCUUGCUACUGUAAUGUGCUCAGCGGGUGCAAUGUUUCCUGGCACCCCUCCGGUAACAGAUUAAAGGAGAACUAAAGCAUAACAAAAAAAAAAUAGGCUACAAAUUUAUGGGCUUCAUCAACCCAAAGUGCCUCCAAAUAUGCCCCCAAUAGCUGCUCAUCUUCUUCAAUGCUGAUCUCAUCAGGGCUGCCGGUAUAUAAAAUACAGCAUUUUUAUCCAGUUCCCCUUUAAAAUGGCAUUAUUGGAAAAUACUCAGCACUGUGUCUGUCAGGGCAGAUUCCAACAGACGCCGCUUUACGUCUGGAAUACUGGAAUAUCGACAUUUCUGAGCCUCCAACAAGCACAGACUGUCAUUCAUUUGUGUGACUGAUUGGAAAUGGACACCUCAGGGAAUAUGCAUAAUUGCACUGAAAUUAAACUUAAAUUGUUUUGUGUGCUUC